CACGUGUUUGUGCCACGUGUGUAAAGCACGUGUCAGAACUUGCAACACGUGGUGCAGACACGUAUAGUGGUGAGGUGGAGGAGGGUCGUCGUGGGUCCUGGGGUAAGGAGGAGGUCGAGGACCCCAGGACGGUCCAAGGUCCAUGAGAGAUGAGCGCCUGGCAUCUUCAGUCUGCAUCAUGGCACUGUUUGGGAAGAGUGUGGCCAGCAGGGUGUGGCAGAGUGUGGCCUCACGGGGGCCACACCAGCGCCUGCUGUCAGUGUCAGCCCCUACCUCAGGCCAGGCUGGAGGUGUGGACCUGAGAGGGGUCUUCCCCCCCAUACCAACCCCCUUCAACCCAGAUGAGACCAUCGCUUACGACAAGUUGGCCUCCAACCUCGCCAUAUGGAACAAGAUUCCGUUCAGAGGAUUGGUAGUGGAAGGCAGCAAUGGAGAAUAUGUAUACCUAACUCGAGAAGAACGAGUGGAGUUGGUGAAACGUGUCCGUGAAUUUCUUCCAAGAAACUCAGACAAACUAAUAUUAGCUGGCUCAGGAUGUGAAUCUACACGAGAUACUAUCUCCAUGACACAAAAUAUGGCUGCAGCCGGGGCUGAUGCAGUAAUGGUUGUCACUCCAAACUAUUAUAAAGGAAGCAUGAAGGACAAAGCUCUUCAUGCUCAUUUUACCGCAGUGGCUGACAACAGUCCUGUCCCUAUCAUCCUCUACAGUGUUCCUGUCUUUACAGUGAUUGAUUUGGGCCUUGAUGUAAUAGUUGAUCUUGCCAAUCAUCCCAACAUCAUUGGUAUAAAGGAGAGCAGUGGAGAUAUCACAAAAAUUGGCAGCAUAAUACAAGAGACUAAGGAUGCUGACUUUAAUGUGAUGGCUGGAUCUGCAAGCUAUCUUCUAGCAACUUUACAGAUAGGUGGCGUUGGAGGUGUUUGUGCUCUUGCGAAUGUGCUUGGGGAAGCUGUGUGUGAGCUUCACAGGCUAACAGUUAAUGGGAACAUUACUGAUGCUGUUCAGCUGCAGAAGAAACUUAUUGCUCCAAAUUCUGCAGUUACCAAGACUUUCAGCAUUGCAGGUCUGAAGCAAGUCAUGGACUGGAGAGGUUUCUAUGGUGGUCCUCUGCGUGCUCCUCUACAGCCGCUGUCUACCCAAGAGGCUGCUAAACUCCGUAAAGUCUUUGAAAAUUCCGGCUAUCUCUGAGCAGUGGCUUAGUGGAGCUCAUUCUGGUGUGGGAAUAAGUGUUUUCAAUGUGAUAUAUCUUGUAAUUGUCCAUAAGGGCCUCUGUUUUAAUGGUUUUUGGUAUGAAAUUGGCUUAAUUACUUUUGAUAUGACAUUAGUUUUAAUACUAUUGUAGUGACAAUGAAUUGAAUGUUUUGACAUGAUGCAAAUUCUAAUACUUGUUUACAUUAAAAUAAUUGUUGCACAUAUAACAUGCAACCAUGCUCAGAUUUGAUUGUUAAAUAUUACACCUUGAAAAUAUAUUCCUUAGCAUAAAAUAUUUAGACAUACAGUUCUUGUAUAUGAAAUGUUUAGAAAAGUUAUAAAUGCACUUUAAUAAUCAAGGUGUAUAUGUUAUUAAAUAUAUGUAUGUACAGUA